AUGAACACUGUCGAACAAGGAUACAACCAUCUGUCGUGUGAACUCCUGUCAGCUACCAAGCUUGUUUUGCCAGUGGCCAGCCUGAUCGGCUUUUCUCUUCUCAGCCUCAUCAUCAUCCGAUAUAUCAAAUAUCGUCGGAGACAAACAUACAUCCCUAUUUCUGAAUUCAAACAAGAGCAAGACUUCUGGCUCCAGUCUAUCAACAUGGAAAAAGGAAAUCUCGUCUCACCGGGCUUUCUCUCUCCAUCUGCAUGCGAUAUCCUACAACCUUUAUCGCAUACAAGCCUCCUCCCAAGCAGUGGAACUCUCGCUGCACAGGCCAGAGAACAGCAAAGCGAGAGAUCCGUCAUCGAAGCAAGUAGUCCUCCAUCUUCACCUGGUGCAGGCGAGGAAGUGCAAAAACGCAAUGAAUCGAUCCAGCAAAUGAGUGAUGAGGAUGCCGAGGGAGGGCGGACUUGGAAGCGAGUUGUUGUUGAAUACAGCUAG